CAGUAUUACCGACUGGUGUGGUCUUAUAACGAGUGACUCCGGAGCGCGAUCGAACGUGACCGUCAGAACACCUGGAACCGAGCGACAGGUACUCACUCCGAGCUAGAGAUACUCACAACGAGCCAUGAGUUGGGGAUACACGAACGAGAACGGACCACCCACGUGGCAGAAAUCCUACAAAUAUGCGGGGGGCGAGGAGCAGUCACCAAUCGACAUCAAGCAGGACGCCGCGACCUUUGACCCGACUCUCUGCAACAACCCAUUGGUUGUCAAGUACCAAUCAGAGAAGGAGCUGGAGAUGACCAAUGUCGGGUCGUCGGUGAAGAUCAACAUCAAACAACACUCCACGAUCAAACACGGCCCCCUGGAGUCUGAAUAUCGCCUGGCCCAGUUCCACUACCACUGGGGGUCGGACAGUAAGAAGGGCUCGGAACACACCGUCGACGGCAAGACGUAUUCCGCAGAGCUGCACCUGGUUCACUGGAACGAAAACAAGUACAGUAGUUUCGAAGAGGCUGUCGACAAGCAUGACGGGCUUGCUGUUCUGGGCAUUCUUAUCAAGGUGGGCAAAGAGCACGAUGGGUUCAAGAUCAUCACGGACAACCUGAACAAGAUCAAGUUCAAGGGCAAACUGAUCCACCUCAAGGGAGACUACAACCCACAGUGUCUGCUACCCAAAAAUCUCUCUGAGUACUGGACGUACCACGGAUCCCUGACGACUCCGCCCUGCUACGAGAGCAUCACGUGGAUCGUCUUUCACGAGAUCGUCGAGGUGUCGGAGGAUCAGGUGAAAGCUCUUCGUGGUAUGUGCUGCGAUGAAUGUGACGGCGAACACAUUGUCAACAACUUCCGGCCACCACUUCCGGUGGGUACCCGGCGCAUCCGGUCAUCCUUUGAGUAGAGGUCGAUGAAUCCCGUUUUCUUUUUUUUCUUUUUUCCCCAUAUAUGCAGAACUGGACAUUAUUAAUUUGAGAAGAAUUUUUUGUGGGGGUUUAUGGAUAUUUGCAAUAUGUGGAAUUUUUUAUUUUACUUGUUAUAUAUAUUGUAUGAUGCGGGAUACACAUUAAAGUAACAUUAGAUAGUAUGACAUUAAUAUAUUUUACAUUUUAAAGAGAAAAUAACUUUUAUAUUUUGUUUUAAAAAGAUUGUUCUGUGAAUGUUAAAGGCAUAUUGUCACAGACCACUGACCUAUUUAAUGGUUUAACAAAG